GGUCAGUUAGAUUAUGUUCAGUAACGUUUUAUUACUGUCGUUAACCGGCCACCAGAGGGCGCAAGUUCAAGCACCUAAAAUUCCCUUAAGAAGGUAAAGCAGAAAGGGAGGAACAACAACACCCAGAACUAGCGGAUGUGAGAAAUGAUCCGUAAACGGACACGAGGACCGACGCCGCCACAUUUAAGCAUGAUAGGGAGAGAAAAAACAUCUCCUCCACCUGCUCAGUCUCAGUUCCAUCUGGACCUCUGGUUCUCUUUCACACUACAGAACUGGAUCCUGGACUUCGGGAGGCCGAUAGUGAUGAUUAUAUUACCUCUAGAAUGGUUUCCUUUGAACAAGCCCAGUGCUGGAGAUUACUUCCACAUGGCCUACAACGUCAUUACACCGUUUCUGCUGCUGAAGCUGAUGGAGAGAAGUCCUACAACGCUGCCUCGCACUGCCGUGUACCUGAGCAUCAUCACCUUCGUCAUGGGCGCCAGCAUCCACCUGGUGGGAGACUCGAUCAACCACCGCCUGAUCCUCAGCGGCUACCAGCUCCACCUGUCCGUCCGAGACAACCCCAUCAUGAAGGACCUGAAUCCUCCCUCACUGAUCGACUCCUUCGAGCUCCUUUAUUACUACGAUGAGCAUUUAGGACACUCCAUGUGGUACGUCCCGUUCUUCCUCAUCCUCUUCCUCUUCUUCACGGGCUGCUUCACACAAUGCAAAGAGGAGAAGAUGCCGCAUUCGGGUUGGCUGCUCCUGGGUCCUAGUGCCCUCUAUUACUGGUACCUGGUGACAGAAGGACAGAUUUUCGUGCUGUACAUCUUCACGUUCUUCGCCAUGGCUGCCACAGUAAUGCGGCAGAAACGAAAAGGCUACGUGUUGGACAGUAACGGCCGCUUCCUGCUUUACAACUUCAUCAUCACGCUGGUCCUGGUGAUCGUUUGGGUCGUCUAUCUGUGGAACGAUGCUGUCCUGCGCAAGAAAUACCCCGGGAUCAUCUACGUACCAGAACCGUGGUCUUAUUACACGUUGCACAUUAAGGGCAGUUAGUGGGAGGUAACAGGAAGUCGGUUCAACGACCGUAACGUAUUCAACGGAAAUCUUCGGUUCUAGUCCACGUUAAAGGACCAGUAAGCAGUGUUUGUAAUGUUUUGCUAUGCUCAGAUUCAGAUCAGCCAAUCGCACGCGUCCGUGAGCUCACGCAGACAGAACAGAUUCAUCUCCACUACCAGAUCGGCUUCAUUUAAGAAACGAUAUAUAUUAAAAAAAAAAGUCAGAUUAAAGGUUUAGUCAUUUGAAAAUAUUAUUAUUACCUUACAUCAGAUAGAAUGUUACUUAUCGCCGCUUUAAACCCUGCAGGUGCUUUAAUUCCAGCAGGUGAUUCAUUUGUCCUAAAGAUGGAGUUACUCAUAUUGCUAUACUAAAAAGAUGAAAAGAUGUGAACUCCAUGUGAUCUUUUGCAUCUAUACAUCUGUUUGACUGUAUAUUUAUAAUCACACCCUCCAGUGUCACCCAGAUGAGGAUGAGGAUGAGGUUCC